AUGGCUGAUUUCUACCGUGGAUUCCAUUUUGUUGGCUGGCUGCUUCUGAUAGCCUGCAGUUGGGCCGUGGACACACCAACCCCUACAUCUCCGCAGACCGUGGAAGUGGACCUGAUCUUUCCACGCAAUGAGACCUACGCCCCUUCCUCCCUUAUGCCAAUGGUCUUUGCUAUUCAGAAUUUUCGCGCUGCAAAGCUGCUCUUACUGGAAUUUGAAUACACUCUCCAGCAAGACCCCGAAGUCCCACCAGGCCUCGUAAAUGGCAUCCGCAAUAUCAAGUACGGCAACUACACUGGCAGCAGUACUCACUUCGAAUAUGAUUGGACCACUAGGCUCAACAAUACGGAGGGUACAUGGCUGUUUUCCUGGUCAUGGCGUGCACUUAACUGCUCCCAACACACUGACGCGGACCCAGAAUACCCGGGCCCGCAAAAACCUUUUCACCUCGAGAGCGAUGUCAAGGGCCAUGCGGUUUGGUUUACUACCAAGCACGGAGCUAAACAGCCAGAUCUCGUUACUGCAACGCGAGAUGGCGCGUGCGCUGAGUCACAGGCCGAUACCAUGAAUAUCACGGAGAUACUGGAUAUCCCCUGGUCGGACAGCUAUUGGGGCAGUCAGACAGCGUGCCCAUUGCUUUCGACCGUAACACCAACUCCAAAUCCCUGUGGAGCCAAGGUAGACUCUAGUGCGGCAUCAAGUAUUUCAUACGCCAUUCAAUCCAGUGCAUGCCUAUCAGCUGUGACUCCCACUGUGGCCUGCCCGCCUGGCGUUGAAACGGGGAACUCAGCACACCACGCAGUGCAGUUUUCAGUCUCAGGGGUAGGGUUGUUCACAGCUACACUUGGUUGGCUCAUCUACCUGGUGUGA